UGCACAUCCAGUACGCACCGCUCAUGGUUGAGCUGAUGAAGAAAGCCGUUGAGGACGGCACUCCCGUCAACAGGCCAAUCUGGUGGAUCGACCCAACGGACCCCACGGCACUCACAAUCGACUCAGAGUUCCUGCUGGGCGACGACAUUCUGGUGGCGCCAGUGGUGUGGCACGACAACUUCAGCCGCGACAUCUACCUGCCGAAGGGCAUGUGGCGCGAUGAGGCGGACCCCGAGCACCCCACCAUUCAGGGUCCGGCCUGGCUACACAGCUACCCCGUGCCGCUCAACACUCUGCCCUACUUCACCAGGGUCAGCGCCUAGCUCGCGCUGGCGUAAUAUGAAGGCAGUA